CUCCCACAGUUUCAUUCCGAUAAAGUGCAUCCAAGGAACCGGACAGAACUCGAUAAACAAAAAUGAAAGCUGUUGUCUUUGACGGUAAAAGCCUCACUCUAAAAUACGAUGAAAACUAUCCAAUGCCCACCAUUGUGAACGACACCGACGUCAUCGUUAAAGUUGAAUACUCUGGAGUUUGUGGAACCGACUUGCACAUCAUUCAGGGUGAAUUUCCAGCUUCAAAAGAACGUCCACUUCCUCUUGGUCAUGAAUUCAGCGGCGUGGUCCAUCAAGUGGGGAGACGGUCCAUAUUCAAAGUGGGCCAGAAAGUUGUCGUUGAUCCUAAUCGUGCGUGUAACCUUUGCAAUUUCUGUCGUGACGGUAAAUAUCAAUACUGCCUAACCGGCGGCAAAGAUACUAUAAUCGGUAUAUGGAGAGACGGUGGCUGGGCGCAGUAUGUACGGUGCCCUGAGGAUCAGGUAUUUGCGCUGCCUGAAGGAAUGACGACUGAGCAAGGUGGCCUCUGCGAGCCGUAUUCUUGUGUCACGCAUGGUUUUGAUCGUGCCUCCCCCCUCCCUGUCGGCACGAAGAUAUUGAUCAUCGGUGCUGGAAUUAUUGGUAAUCUCUGGAUAACGACUCUUCAUGUUCAAGGCCACAGAGAUGUAACCGUGUCCGAGAUGAACAAAUCAAGACUUGAUAUUGUCAAAGGUUUAAACACAGGCUACAGGCUGAUCACACCUGAUGUUCUGGGUGUUGAAAAACAUCUCUAUGACGUAAUUGUCGAUUGUACAGGGGUUGGUAAAGUUAUGGAAAUAAGUUUCAAAUAUCUGAAUUAUGGUGGUAAAUACAUCCUGUUCGGAUGUUGCCCCCCCACGCAUCAGGCUUCGUUAAACCCAUUCGACAUCUACAGCAAGGAGUUGACGUUGAUCGGCGUUAAGAUAAACCCGUUCAGCUUCCCAAAGGCCAUCGGUUUGUUGAAAGCUAUGGGGGAAAGGUAUCUCAACUAUGAAAAGUUGGGCAUAAAAACUUACCCUUUGUCGUCUUAUCAAGAUGCAUUAAACGAUUUGAAGACUGGGAAAAUAUCGAAGGCUGUUUUCAAAAUCGAGUGAUGAACGUACGUUUCGCGCAAUCUACGUUUUUUCGGUGGAGCUAAAUUCGAGUCAAAAAAUAUAAAAUAAUGCUAAGCAAUAAUUCGCGUAGAGCUGAAAAUUGGUACAGAUACGUUAACAAAUGGUAUAUCAAUAAUAUCGUCACCGACCCCUCGUCUGUAACAGCCUUUAAAUGGUCCAUUGUAGGGCUAAGUCCUCUAUUUUGAGGAGGAGGUUUGGAAUUUGAUUUUGCUUGCCUUGGUUUAAAUCCGAAAUCGUCAGUUAAGAUGCGAGCGUUAUAACCCUAGGCCUUCUCUGCUAUGUCUAAUGUUCUUUGCAUUUUUCUCGCAAACGGAUCCGUGAUGGUCCAUUGUGGACAAGACGUGGAUGAGAAUUUACAACGUAUUGGUACAGCGUGGUGAUGUAAGCUCCAAACAGGAGAAGAUUUGGAGUAGAGGCUUUUGUCCAACAGUGGGACGUUAACAGGCUGUUACUUCACUUUUACUUUCGUAAACGGUGUUUUAUUAAAAAAAUAAGUAAUAUAUCAUACAAUUAUCUAUAAAAAAUAUCCAUAUACUUCUAAGAACCACCACUACACGAGAUUUGUACCAAUUCUCAGCUCUAUGCGAAUCAUUGUAAACUUUAAUUACUAUAUUGACUAGACUAUAACAAUUAACACUAUAAAUAUUGUCUAUCGCUCUUAACAAAACAAUUUUCUUCGAGUAAUAAUAAUAAUAAUAAUAAUUAUUAUUUAUUUAUAAUAAAUACAAAACUGUAUACAUAUCUUUACAGGACAUGUUUGUCCUAAUUCGAUAUUACAGCACGUUUAUUAACUAUAUUUAAAAUAAGUCUCUACGUUAUGUAUGAUAUAGUCCAAGUGGUUAUAGUUGUGAGUUCACUCAGGCUACAACAAAACAUAUCCACCCUGUCGGCUUUCACAUUGAGGGUACGUAACGUGCGCGUCAGUGGCGCCUCCUUGAGCAACUUGGUUCGUCCGUUGGGAUAAUAAUCUAACAUGGGAUCUUCUCUUAGUCGUAAAUGAGAUUUAUUUGCUGUCCCGCUCGCACUGAUAACAACCAUUGCUGUUCUUAGAAACUGAUGAUACUUAGUGUGUGAUAAAGUGAGAAAGAAAGAUAUUACAAGUGUUUUAGGACCAAAUUACUUUUGACAAUCGAUUUUGUAAAUUACAAUACAAUUGUUGCCGAUGUUGGCCGAUGCACACUAUUCAUUCUGAAGUACCGAUUCUAAAAACUGUAUCUGCCAAUUGUGAUUAAUCUCACCGGUCAACUUAAAUCGCGUACGAUCUUUUAUUUAUUAUAAAAAUGUGUGUGAAUUUAUGAAUAAAAUAAAAAAUUAACGAAAUGU